AAACCUCUCUCUCUCUCUCUCUCUCUCUCCCUCUCAUCGCUUUCUUCUCGCUCUCUCUCUCUCUCUCUCUCCCUGAAUAUUUUCCGUUCCGUUUGUUUCCAUCUCUAUCUGCUCCUUUAUUACUCAUAAUGUUUCUAAAAUCCGCCAUUAUCACAUAAAUUCACUCUCUCUCUCUCUCUCUCUCUCUCUCUCUCUCUCUCUCUCUCUCAUAAUUAAAACCAAAAGAAAAAAAACGCUACUUUGUUCCCUCUCUCUCUCUGUCUCGCUUGGUUUCGCUUCUCUGUUUCCCUAAGCGGCGAGCAUUGCUGGUGAAUCGCGAAUGGCGUUUCCUCCGACGGUCCCUGCCUCGCCGGUGUCGCUCUACGUGGGCGACCUCCAUCCCGACGUGAACGACGGGCUGCUCUUUGACGCCUUCUCCGACUUCAAGAGCCUUGCCUCCGUGCGCGUAUGCAGAGACUCCUCCACCGGGAGGUCUUUUUGUUACGGCUAUGUCAACUUUAUUUCUCCGCAAGAUGCAAUUCGAGCUAUUGAGACAAAAAAUAACUCAGCGCUGAAUGGCAAGGUGAUAAGGGUAAUGUGGUCUCAUCGCGAUCCAGAUGCGAGAAAGAGUGGGAUUGGAAACGUAUUUGUCAAGAAUUUGAAUGAUUCUAUUGACAAUGCGGCACUUCAAAAUAUGUUCAUGAAAUUUGGGACUAUCUUGUCUUGCAAAGUUGUGACUUUUGAGGAUGGAAAGAGCAAAGGAUAUGGCUUUGUCCAGUUUCAGUCUGAGGAAUCGGCAAAUGCUGCCAUUGAGAAUCUGAAUGGCAGCAAUUUCGGUGACAAACAGAUAUAUGUUGGCAAAUUUGUUAAGAAGAGUGAUAGGAUCGUGCCCAAUCCUGAUGCAAAAUAUACAAAUCUAUACGUCAAGAAUCUGGAUCUUGAUUUAACUGAAAAGCUUCUGGAGGAGAAGUUUUCUGAGUUUGGGAAAAUUGUUAGUUUAAUUAUUUCGAAGGAUGAUAACGGAAACUCAAAAGGUUUUGGAUUUGUGAACUUUGAAAAUCCUGAUGAUGCCAGGCGAGCUCUGCAAGCUAUGAAUGAAUCACAACUUGGGUCAAAGGUCAUGUACGUAGCAAGGGCACAGAAGAGAGCUGAGCGUGAACAAAUUUUGCGUCGUCAAUUUGAGGAGAAACGCAGGGAGCAAAUUUUGAAAUGCAAGGGGUCUAAUGUGUAUGUGAAGAACAUUGAUGAUGAUGUGAAUGAUGAUGAGCUGCGAGAACACUUUAGUCAAUGUGGCACAAUCACCUCUGCAAAAUUAAUGCGAGAUGAUAGAGGAAUAAGUAAGGGAUUUGGUUUUGUUUGUUUCUCAACUCCUGAGGAGGCAAAUAAAGCGGUGGCCACUCUUCAUGGGUACAUGUUUCACCGAAAGCCUCUAUAUGUUGCUAUUGCUCAAAGGAAAGAUGAGAGGCAAGCUCAAUUGCAGCUUCAUUAUGCACAGCGCAUGGCAAGUCUAGCAGGGCCUUCGACAACUGUUAUCCCCAGUGGCUAUCCUCCCCUUUACUACCCAGCUCCUCCAGGUGUUGUUUCACAGGUGCCUCCACGAUCAGGGCUGAUGUAUCAACCUUUGGGUUUGAGACCAGGAUGGAGACCUAAUGCAUUUGCACCUCCAACCGGACCAGCUUUUCAACCCCCGCCACUUCCUAUGAUUCCCAAUACUGGAAGGCAACAUAGACAAAACAGGGGAAGGAUGAAUGGACAUAUACUUCCACAGGGAGGUGGUCACUCGGCUUCAUUGAUGCCACAUUUGCUGCAGCCUGCUCAGUUAGUGACUUCAUCAAAAGAGUUGAACAAUUCACAGCGUACUGGGCAGAAGUAUGUGCCAAAUGGACGUCUGAACAAAGGAAAUGGGGUUCCAUCAGCCACUUCCAACCCCAUUGGUAUUGGGUCCCAAGGUUCAGAGAUGUUGAGCAGCAUGCUUGCUGCUGCUUCUCCUGAGCAGCAGAAACAGAUACUGGGCGAGCGCCUCUAUCCUCUUGUAACGAAACACAAGCCGGAUCUGGCUGCAAAAAUAACAGGAAUGCUCUUGGAGAUGGACAACUCGGAACUGCUUCUUUUAUUGGAGUCACCCGAUUCAUUGGCUGCCAAAGUGGACGAAGCUGUGCAGGUACUCAAGCUCUCUAAGACCAAAGUUACCAAUCAAGAUGCUCUCCACACUGGUUUCCUCUCUGCUGAAGUUGCAGUAAACUGAAAACAAGAGUCAUAACUCAAAGAAGAAUUUUGACCCCCCGCAUAUUAAGCAUGUUAUCAGCAUCCAUUAAAAUCUGAUUUUUAAUCUCAAUCAUCUUUUUGAACAGAGGAGAGUCAUCAUGUUUAGAGGAAGCCUCCCGCAUGAGAAGUUGUCGUAGGUUAUUUUUAUUUCGGGUGUAUAAGAAUAUGGGUUUCAUUAUUUUUCAAUUUUUCUUUUGUGGCCCGUCGGAAUAGGAGCAAUUGGAGGCCAUGGUUUAGGAUUAUUCAAAAUUUUCUCACCCCCUUAUUGCAUCUUGUGAUAUAUCUUCAUAUAGUUUGUCCAUAAAAAUACUUCUUUACUUUUUAUUUUAUAUAUUUUUAGAGUUCAAUUAUUA